AUGUGCAGUGAAAUUGUGAAAAAGGAGAAGAUAGUCGCAGAUGGCAUCGUCACCAUAAACAAAAUUAAACAGAAUAUCGAGAAGGGUAAGGAGGAGAGACAAAUGCUGAAGGAGAUGAUUGAGGCUAAGAAAAUGAGGAUAGCUCUUCUGAAACCCACAUUAGAGAAUUUGACUCUACGUGAGGCUCAAUUGACAAUGACUUUGGCUCUGGUCACAGCAAAGCUCGAUGACAAAUCGUUGAGGGCGAAGGCGGACAUUGAGCAGUUCAAGAAAAUCGUGCAAUUGUAUAAAACGACAUGUGAAAAACGUCGGGCUGAAUAUGAAGCAAUGGUCCCUCUCGCUGCCAAAAGACACCAGGCGAAAAUUGAGCUCCAGUUGGUGGAAGUCAAAGAGAUGGUAUUGGCUCAGAAGAAAGAGGAGCUCAUAAAACUGAAGAGGAAGAAACGAGAGAUUGACGAGAGACGAAUGCAGGUGAUGCUCGUGGAGGUGCUGACCAUCGCCAACGAGAGGGCCACAAUGCAACAUAAAUUGAAGGCAAUGGACGAAGAGCAUGCAAAGCUUCUGGAGGAAUUGCAAGCAUUGAAGCUACAAAAAGAGAGAAUGGUGAAACAGAAAGAAGAGGAGGAGAGAGCGAGGCAGAGAGCCCGACAAAUGAUGCCACCGCCGAGAUUGGACAUGUCUGUACUGAGCACAUUCUGUCGAAGCUCAACUACUGAACCACCAAUCCUUCAAAGGGAAUCAGUAAUUGGCACUUCAACUGACUCAGUUGACUCAGAUAAUCAGUCAAUAAAUACAGCGAUACUCGAGAGAAUGUGUAGGGAUGAAGACCAACUGAUGGACGUAUGCGAAGAGGAUGACAAUGAGCUGAUAAUGCCCGACCCCCUAGCAAGGUCCAUCUCAAUGAUUUACAGCAAUCGAGGUCUUCAAGACCGCAAGAGUCAGGAAGAUAUCGGGGGAAUUGAAGUAUUGGAGAGGUCCUACAGUCAAUUGUCCCUCGAGAAAGAGGACGAUAAUUUCGCUUCUAACAAUUCUCCAAUCGAUUCCCCAAUCAAACCUCCCAUUGAAGUUCAGGUGAUUGUUCAGCCUCCAAACGCGGAGGACUCCCCCGUUCACAAGUCUUCGUCGCUCCUCAAGGCUCAAUCCGUCCAACGUAAGACUGAGGAAAUAGUGGAUAAGUCAGAAGGUGAACCAGAAGAGAAAAAAUCUAAAGUUGAUAGCAUUGACGAGAAGAAGCAGCAGAAGAAAAAAUCAGCAUUGGAGAAUCGUGAUAAACAGCCUCGUCAGCUCCCGACAAUAAAAUCCGUUGAGAAGAUCACUCGACCUGUCGCUUUUGCAGCUAAACCCCUAGUUGCUGAAGUCACUCCUACGCUCUCAACUUUAUUCUCCCCAACACACUAUGCACCGAGUUGCUGUCCGAGUAUUGACGAUUCAGAUGUUGAGAUUGAUACUAAUCUUGAUGAUACCCCAGCUCUACCAAAUCAAUACUUCUCACCACCUCCAGCCCUCGAGUCCGGCGAGUCCUUCUUAUCCGAAAUCUCAAUGUUCAGAUCUGCCCCUAUCAAUGCCGAUUUUAAUCAACAGCAGCAAUCCACAAAUACAGCUUUUGCAGGCACUGGCUUCAUGAAUAUGUUUCAACCACAAUCGAAAGGUUUCUUCUAGAAAAAAUCAAACCAGUUAUUUCUUACAAUUCCUCUGUUUAUGUCCACUUUCCUCCUAGUUAGUUACCAUUACAUUUCUCGAAAGCCAGAGGGCAUUAUGAAUUACUUAUCACUAUGAGUUUCUUAAGACAAUUAAUGAGUCAAGCGUUGUUACCGAACAUAAUUUACGUCGACGAAACCUAUUUCAUGUCAAUUUACGGGUUUUUAUUCAUGUAUUUAGUUUUUUUACGCUUUUCCUGUAAUAGACCAUGAGGCAGAAAAAUGUAUUACAAUUAGUUUCUGCGCUUCGACGCAGUACAGUGAUCGAUUCGUAACGAAGUGGGUGAGAGCAGAGGAUUACUUCAGAACAAAUCUGCAAAUCAGUUUAUAGUCUUAUGAUUUUUUUUUCAUUAAUCCAUCCAUUACCAAAAUAAUUACACAAUUGGUAAAGAUUUAAUAUUCAAUGAUGAUAUUCUGAAUCAAUCAAUGAUGAUGAUACAAUCUGUUCUUCGCUGAAUUAUUCUGAAAUAAGUCAGAAUAACAAAAAUCGGGGUUUUCUUGCAGAAGAUCUAUGAAAAAAAUUUCUCCUGACAGUUUUUUUUCCUCGUACGCUCCUUUUUUUAAAUUAAUUUCUGUUAGUUACCGAAGUAUCUUCACAAUGAGUCAUUUUAGAAAAUGAUAUCAUAAGAUCAUUUGUCUAGAGAAUUCCUAACUGAAUAGUUUCCAAGAUAUUGGAAAAACGAUUUAUAUGUAAAUUCUUCGACUUUUACCACUUCACCACGAAAAUCGAUCGAUC